AUGAAAGGCUUUCAUCACAGGAGCUCAUUCUUCUUUAAUGUGCUGGCCGUUCAAAGGUCCAUUAUGGUUACCAUCCCUUGUUUCCCAGAUCUUUCUAAUCCUUUUGUUAACCUUUGUUCUUUGCCAUCCACGAUAAAAUCCACCUACAGCAAAGUUUUUGGCAAUCUAUCUGUCGUUCGCUUCAUAAACAUCUAUCGACGUUUGUUUCUAUCUAUCUAUCUAUGUGUUUGGUGGGGUCGCAGUUUUUCUAUAUCUAUCUAUAGACAAGUUUAUUUCUUCAUACAUCGGCUUGUUAACAUAUAUCUCUAUUCAAGUCAGUAUCUAUCUAUCUAUGUUAUAUAUCUGUAUGUCUGUUUGUCUCUAUCUAUCUAUCUAUCUAUCUAUCUAUCUAUCUAUCUAUCUAUCUAUCUAUCUAUCUAUCUAUAUCUCUCUCUAUCUAUCUAUCUAUCUAUCUAUCUAUCUAUCUAUCUAUCUUAUAUAUAUCUGUAUGUCUGUUUGUCUCUAUCUAUCUAUCUAUCUAUCUAUCUAUCUAUCUAUAUCUAUCUAUCUCUCUCUCUCUCUCUCUCUAUAUAUAUAUAUAUAUAUAUAUAUAUAUAUAUAUAUGUAUAUCUAUCUAUAUUGCUGCAUGUCUAUCUAUUUAUCUAUCUCAUAUAUAUCUGUAUGUCUGUUUGUCUCUAUCUAUCUAUCUAUCUAUCUAUCUAUCUAUCUAUCUAUCUAUCUAUCUAUCUAUCUAUCUCUCUCUAUAUAUAUAUAUAUAUAUAUUAUAUAUCUUAUGUCUGUUUGUAUCUAUCUAUCUAUCUAUCUAUCUAUCUAUCUAUCUAUCUAUCUAUCUAUCUCUCUCUCUCUCUCUCUAUCUAUAUAUAUAUAUAUAUAUAUAUAUAUAUAUAUAAAUAUAUCUAUAUUGCUGCAUGUCUAUCUAUUUAUCUAUCUCAGUAUAUAUCUGUAUGUCUGUUUGUCUCUAUCUAUCUAUCUAUCUAUCUAUCUAUCUAUCUAUCUCUCUCUCUCUCUAUAUAUAUAUAUAUAUAUAUAUAUAUGUAUAAUGUAUCUAUAUUGCUGCAUGUCUAUCUAUUUAUCUAUCUCAGUAUAUAUCUGUAUGUCUGUUUGUCUCUAUCUAUCUAUCUAUCUAUCUUAGGCUCUCUUUUGCUUAAUGUAUUAUUUUCUUUCAAUCUCACUAUCAUUCUUUUCUUCUUCAUCGAAUAUUCUUUCCAAUUCUUCGACACUCGAUUCUUGAUUAUGCUCAUUAUUCCUGCAUUAUGUUUCUAUACUGAUUGGAAUAAUUUCUUUUCUAUCUUUCUCCUCGUUUCUUUCCUUAUCUUCUUCAUAACAACCUCACCUUUUCUUCUUUGUUUUAAUUUCUUACAACAUCUGGAAUCUGCCUCUCCCGUUCCUUGUUUUCGCCUUACUUUUCCCUUCCCUUGUUUUCGCUUUACUUUCACUUCCCUUGUUUUCGCCUUUCUCUCCUUUUCCUUGUUAGUGACACCCGUCUCUUUUUUCUUUUAUCUCCCUUUUUUCUUCCUUAACUUCUAUCUUUCCUCCCUUCCCUUGCUUUCGCCUUAUUUUCACUUCCCUUGUUUUCGCCUUCAUCUCAUUUUUCAUGUUUAUGUCUCCCUCCUCCCUUUUCUUCCUCGCUCUCUUAUCUUCUUUCACUUCUCUCUUACCCACCUUUCCAUAGUUUUCAAAUUCCUCUCAUUUUACUUGUUUAUGUCUUCCUUCUUUUUUCUUCCUCUCUCUCAUUCUCUCUCUCUCUCUCUCUCUUCUUAUCUUCCUUUGCUUCACUCUUCCACUCCAUUCACUUGCUUUUGCCUUUCACUUCCCUCGUUCUCACUUUUUCCACUUUUCCUUCUUUAUGUCUUCCUUCUCCUUUUUCUUCCUCUCUCUCCCUAUCUCUCUCCCUCUCUCUCUCUCUUUCUCUUCUUGUCCUCCUUCACUUCUCUCUUCCCCUUCUUUCACUUGCUUUCGCCUUACUUUCACAUACCUUGA